UCUCGUCGAGUCUCGUUUUGUGCUCUCGUUCGCGUUGCCUGCUGCUGCUGCCGUUGUGGUGGUAGGCAGGUAGUGGUGGUGCUGGCCUGUGUGUGAUAUUUCGCUAACGCCAUCGGUGAAUCGGAACUCGACCCUCCUUCCCCCACCCUACGACAAGACGGCAGCGAGGAAUUUUCGCUUUACUCCUCCUCACGGCACCAUUCCCAUGCCUCCAAAAUGACUGUGGACUUCCGCGACUACUUCUGGGGAGAAAAGAACAAUGGCUUCGAUGUGCUGUACCAUAACAUGAAAUAUGGCUAUCUCGCGGCCAAAGACUUGGCGGAGUUCUUCCGCGAGAGGUCCCUGGUGGAGGAGUCCCACUCGAAGCUGCUGUCGAAGCUUGCCCGCCAGGCAGCCGGCUCCUGCUCGACGGGCACCUUUGGACCUUUAUGGGGGGUGCUGCGCUCCACCUCCGAGAAGCUCUCCUCUCUUCAUGCACAGAUGGUGGCGCAGCUGCAAGACCUGGUCCGGGAGGUGCAACGCUACUGCGAGGAGCAGCACCGGCGGCACAAGCAGGUGAAGGAGGAGGAGGCACCCACGCUAGAGGUGGUGCAGGGCCUGCAGCAGACCACGGGGGCACUGGCCAAGGCCCGAGAGGCCUAUGCCGCCCGAUGUCUCGAGUUGGAGAAGCUCAAGCGGGAGUCCUCUCCGAAGGACCUGGACAAGGCGGAGGCCAAGGCACGCAAGGCAUGCGAGGAGUACCGGCAGCUAGUGGAGCGGCACGGUGUGGUGCGGGCGGACUUUGAGCGGCGCAUGGCCGGAUCGUGCCAGCGGUUCCAGGAGCUUGAGGUGGGCCACCUUCAGCACAUGAAGGAGUUCCUGGCAGGAUACGCACGCGUCCUCGACAGCAGCCACGCCCUCGUGGGGCAGGUGCACGCCGAGUUCCGGCAGCAGUGUGAUGCCCUGGACAUAGACACGUUAUUGCGGCAGUUUGCAGACGCUCGCCAGACGGGUUCUGAAAAGCCAGAGGUGAUCACCUUCGAGGAGCCCGAUCCGAGCCUGCAGCUCACGCCGACGAACGCGGCCACCACGGGGUCGCCGCCGUUCUUCACGACGUCCACACCCGCGCCGUCCGCGUCUGGCGCCGAGAACGGUCCCGUGCUGCCGGCCGACUUCUGCCCGACGUCGGCAGCGGCAGCGGCGCAGUCUUCGGCCGCCACCAAUGGUCCGCAGGCGCCGGCGGCCAAGAAAGAAGGCGCAGGAGUCGAUGCCAACGGCAGCCAAGCCAACUCCACAGCUGCCCCCAAGAGAGAGUCCCUUGCCCGAACCUCGCUGCGAUCUUCUAAAUGGUUCUUGAGAACCAAGUGGGAACGGCAGAAAGAAAAACGCAAGCGAAAGAAGGAGAUGUCUUCCAAGGACGCGUCGACCACGAGCGGAGAGGCGGCACGAGUCGCUCUGGGCCGAGCCGGCGGCAGUGGCACCCUGCACGAACCGUCGCCGCCCUGCGAACGUAGCACGCUCCGGCGGCUCUCGGUCGAACAGCCUCGAGCCACCUCUGACCUCGAUUCACUCUUCCACGUGCCGGUCUGCACGGCAACCACGGCAACCACUUCGGUGGUGCCGGUGCCCACCAGAGACAGCAAGGAAUCUGAAGAACAGAACGCCGAAGUCGACGAAGAAGGUUAUACAGUACGGCCAUCAUCGGAGCGUCACAAAGAAAAUGACAGGGACAGUUUUUAUUCAAGUUCAGACGGUGAUUCAGACGAUGAAGACCGCGACCGAAGGAUCCACAUAGAAAUCAAGCCGCUGAGCAACGGGGCGCCAAUGAGUGCAAGCGUUGACGAACUGCGUGCCACUAUUGGCUCGUUAUCACUGUCACCGAUUCCCCAGCACUCUAGUCGGAGGCCAGAAACGCUGUACAUCAGGCACAAGGCACGGAGAGCGUACAACAGCGCCUCGUCUACGCCAGACGAAGCACCCAAGAGGCCAGCAAACCAAAGUUCAAAGGACAGCGGCGGCAUAGGCAGUGGCACAGAAGCCGACAUGCUUGGCUUGUUUCCACUGGACGCGAGUGCAUCAACGCCAACCACGAGACUUCAAAGUCCACUGGGCCAGGGUGAGCCCGCAUCACAGCCUUCCGCGUCAAGCAGCGUGCCCUCCUGGGACCGAUAUGCAGCGUUGAGCGACUUGUUCAACGACAAGGCACCGGCAGAGUCGUCAAGUUCAGAGGCAGGCAAAGGGGCGACCACCAGCAGGGGAGGAACACCGACAAGUGCCUUCACAGGGCCUGCGUUACCGAGGCCGCCGUCUAGACGAUCGGAGGCUGUGCGGGGUCGGGCGUCACCGCUGCCCAUGAGUCGGACCGAGAGCGUGGGAAGCCUGAGCAGCGACUUCAAGACAACACCUAUGCCACUUGGUUCGUCGCGGGGUCCCUCCCCGCUCACCAUUGGCCUGAGCGACUCCAUACCGCUGGCUGUCGCCUUCCAGGAAGUGGUGCACGCUCGCUUCCGAGGAACUGACGAGACACUCUGUCAGGUGAAGCUUCUGGGUGACAUGAAGGUGUCCUUCCCGGCAGGCAUUGUGCAUGUGCUGACAAACAACCCAUCACCAGCAGCACUAACAUUCAGGGUCAACACUGCCCGCUUUGACAAUGUUCUACCCAACAAGAACCUCGUUACAUUAGAUGCGAGUCAGUCGACGAGUGACCGGUGCGUGUACGAGUUCAACAUGUCGGUGCUGACGGGCCUUCUGCGGCGGCAGCAUGAGCAGACGCCCUCGGCGUCCUACUUUAACAUCGACAUCCUCAAGUACCAUGUACGGGCCGGGCCUGGUGCCCGGUCAGCGCCCCUGCAUCUGGUUGCCUUCUGGAAGACGCAGGAGGACAACACUGACCUCAAGAUCGACUACGAGUACAAUGCCAAGGCCCUGAGCCUGCCGGCGGGCACAGGAGCAACCGGGUUGAGCCAGCCUGCAUCGGCGAACCCGGCCCCGUCGGCACCGGGGCUUCCACCGCUGACGGGACUGUGUCUGGGCGUGCCCAUGGACGGCGGCGUAACAAGUGUGCAGGCCAAGCCUCCGUGCAUUUGGAAUGGAGAGACCCAGCGAGCCCUGUGGAGGCUUAGCGACCCACUGGGUGGGACGGCGGGCGGUCAGCGGGGCGGGUCCUUACUGGCUCGCUUUGUCCUGACGCGGGGUCCCUCGACACCUCGGCCCCUGGAGGCGCGCUUCCUCUGCGAGGGAGCUACUCUGUCCGGUGCCAGCUUUGAGCUGAUUGGCCAGGGCUAUCGCGUGUCUCUAGUCAAGAGGCAAAUAUUGUCGGGCAAAUACCUAUGCGAGCCGUGACAUUUGCCCGCGACGGCGAUGACGGGCCGUCCUCUGCCACCUGUCCCCGCCUCCCCGCCGUCAAGCCCUGACGAACAAGACAGCAGCGCUCUGCAACCAACCAUGGUUGAGGUGGCGGCGACGCCCGUGCCGGUCGCUGGUCCGACCGACGAGCUUGUCGCCAUACUGCCUCCGCCUUCUUUCGAUCCCCCUCCUCCUCCCCCAACUCCGCCUCUCCCACUUCUCCACCGAAGACCUUCUUCCUGCGAUGUCCUGCAGCCUCCCAUCCCUCAAACCCGAGUCCCCGCCCCUGAAACUCCUCCUCCUCCCAUCUCUCAAACCCGAUGUCCCGCCCCCGAUGCCUCAUCCCCGCCCCAGCAGCAGCAACAGCACCAGGCCUCGCCUCCCCCCAUAUUCGCCCCGGCUCACAUCUCGGCCCUCACCGUCACCGUCGUCGCAGCCAGUGUUUUCUGUCUCGCCUUGCAAAUUGUGGCACUCUGGCGACGUAGCAGUUAGUAGGUCCUGGCGAAGUAGUCAACCUGCAAAAAGCCGCCACAAGAGGGGAGGGACGAAUAACGGCGAAAUUCUUGCCCGUUUUCGACGGUUCUUCACGCACGUACUGAGAUGAAAAGGAGUUUGAUGGAAGCAUACGUGCCCGCUCGUAGACAAAGUCGAAGCGAACGCUCUAGCGUCUCUUCGCUCGUAAAAACACUGGCAUCGCGCCCAUCCUAUUUUAUGCCACGGCGACUACCUCUGGAAGGUGCCCGUGGUAAACUAUGGUUGUGGUAGAUGCUUGUUAGAUAUUGACCUUUAUCUUCGACACAGCGCAAGCCGGAACUUGUUUUUUCGCUGAGUGGUGGCAGUAGUGGUAGCGGUAGCAGCAACAGCGUGGAUGCGACCAGCUUUCUCUGGCAAGCCACAUGGAAAAGUAUUUUUCUCCUUUUUCCCCCUUUUUUUUUCUUGCUUCCCCGCCGCUAACGGUGUAAUAUAGGUAGUACUGCCCAACGGUCGCACUUACGCUGCUGCAUUUCUCGCCAUGUAUUGUGUACAUAAAGAGGAUAUUUUUUAAUGACACUCGAUGCUUCUUUUUUUUGUUUUGGUUCUUCCUUAAGACUCCCGUGUGCUUUUGCCCAUGUUCUGCCUGUCGUCUGCCAGUUGCCAUUGCAGAUGAUGUGCGUUAGCAGACUAAUUAAUGACUGCAGUGUUACCAUUGCCACUGCUGUCACCUCGUCUGUGUCUUCAUCCCGCGUGAACUUGUAAAUAUUGCAGAUAAAAAAGAAAUCUAACAAACACCGCCUCGAGAACAGCCUGAGCUUGCUGCGUGCUCAUCAUGACCUUCCCCCUUUUAAUUAAAAAAAUAUUGCGUCGCUUCGUCGGCAAUUAUGUUGUUUUCUCUAGCCUUUAUCUUUUAUUUUUUGGAAUGAAUGCGUUGUUUAAAUGUACCAUUUGUUGUUGCUUGACAUUUGUCUAACCAUAAGUAUAUACAUAAAUGUAUACAUUAUAUAUAUAUAUUAUAUAUAUACACACCAUGUUGUUGAUUUGAUGGAAUGCUUUGCUUUACAUGAGCUACAAAAAAGUAAAAUCUCCGAAAAACAGCUUGUGGGGGAUGCAAUAAAAUUGCUGCCUUGCAGA